AUGUAUUCUACCUCACUCCACGACAGAAAUACAAGUCUACGGAUGAAGGUAUGAUACCUAUAAAUAUAGAUCAUUUACAAUUCGGGUGAAAGAGGAUAGAAAUGUCAGUCAGUUUUAAUGGUCGCAAGCCGGACACGGUAAUUAGAAGUUUCAGUUUUGUUUCAGAUUUUUAUUUUCACUGUUAAUUUUUGCAGUUUGGUUUACAUCGACUCCCGUUGGACAUAACAAGCUUGGAAACGUUGUUAGCAAAAUGUGUAAAGACGCAGACCUACAGGGCCAAUUCAGCAAUCACAGUCUGA